CCUCGUCCUCCCGCCCUGCCUGGCCGGACGGCCUUUAGGGGCCCGGGGCUCCCCCACAGCACAGACGUCAGUCUGCUAGUCAGUCUGCAACCGUCUCUGCGGGAAUCGCGCUCCGCUCCCGGACCGCAGCCCCGCGGUCCGAGGAUGGAGAGGAAGGCGCGGAGCCCCUCCAGGGAGCGCCACCGGCGCGGCGGCCGGGCCUCCCCCGGGGAGAGCAGGAGGGCAAAGGCCGAGAGGAGCGGCAGGGGCCGCGGGCGCCGGGAGCCUGGGCCCGCGCUGCCCGGGUCCCCGCCGGCUGCGAGUCCCGCGCAGUCCCGAGCGCCCGCCGCCACCGUGGUGGACGUGGACGGGGUGCGGGGCUCGGGGGAGGAAGGCACCGAGGUGGUGGCGCUGCUGGAGAGUGAGCGCCCCGAGGAAGGUGCCAAGCCCUCAGGUUUAGGGGCCUGUGAGUGGCUUCUUGUCCUCGCCUCCCUUCUCUUCAUCAUCAUGACUUUCCCUUUGUCCAUCUGGUUCUGCAUAAAGGUUGUACAAGAGUAUGAGAGAGUAAUUAUAUUCCGACUGGGACAUCUGCUUCCUGGAAGACCCAAAGGUCCUGGUCUGUUCUUCUUUUUGCCGUGGCUAGAUACUUACCACAAGGUUGACCUUCGUCUCCAGACCUUGGAGAUCCCCUUUCACGAGGUUGUUACCAAAGACAUGCUUAUAAUGGAGAUAGAUGCUGUCUGCUACUACCGAAUGGAAAAUGCCUCUCUUCUCCUAAGCAGUCUUGCUCAUGUGUCCAAAGCUGUCCAAUUUCUUGUGCAAACCACCAUGAAGCGUCUCUUAGCACAUCGAUCACUCACAGAAAUUCUUUUAGAGAGGAAGACCAUUGCCCAAGACGUAAAGGUUGCCUUGGAUUCAGUGACCUGUAUUUGGGGAAUCAAAGUGGAGAGAAUGGAAAUUAAAGAUGUGAGGUUGCCUGCUGGGCUUCAGCACUCGCUGGCUGUGGAAGCCGAAGCACAAAGACAGGCCAAAGUGCGGAUGAUAGCUGCAGAAGGGGAGAAGGCGGCCUCCGAGUCCCUCAGGAUGGCAGCUGAGAUUCUGUCAGGCACACCGGCUGCUGUUCAGCUUCGGUACCUCCACGCUCUCCAGUCCUUGUCCACAGAGAAGCCUUCCACUGUGGUUUUACCUUUGCCGUUUGACCUGCUCAAUUUCCUGUCUCCCCCCAGCAAUCGAACUCAAGGAAGCAUCCCGCUCCCAAGUUCUGCCAAACCCAUUGAGCCACUGAAUCCCAAAAAGAAAGACUCUCCCAUGUUAUAGAGUAGAUGAGCAAAGCAUGAUGUGACUGUAAGGGAUCUGUCUCAGACAGUCUGUCCUCAGCGUCUGCCAAGCGGAAUGUCCUUGGCAUCCCUUAUGUCACAAUGGGAAGAUGGUGAAAUGGUGUGAGGAGGGACGUUACAGGUUUGGGUGGAUCAUCUUACAAAAGUCAUUAUGGGAAAGAGCCUCAGUAUAUGAUCUAAUGUGGAAAA